CACCGCACCAUAUUCCAGUCGAGUGUUGAAAAGUCUAAGGGCAACAGCUAUUUAACGUGAAAUUGAAAUAAAAUUUUGCAGAACAACCCUUAUUCUUAAUUAAUUCGGAAGAUACCCGAAUGUUAUUUCUCGGUAAACAACUUUAUUCAAAUUAUUAAAGAUGACUAAUAUCACAGAAAGCUCGUCAUAUCCAGAUGCUAACACAGCUAUAUCGCAAGGAAAACGUCACCUUCUAGUUCGAGAUUAUACAACAGCUGUAACUGCCUUUGCACAAGGGCUAGAAAUGUUGUCACAACAGUAUGGUGAGAAGGGUGAUGAAUUAGGUGAGCCAUAUCUUCUUUACGGUCGUGCUUUACUAGGAUUAGCACGAGAAGAAGCUGGAAUAUUAGGAGGUGGUGUACCCGGUAAUGAAGAAGGAGAUGAUGGUGACAGCGAAGAAGACAAUGGUGAUGAGGAAAAAUUGAAUGAUACUGAGAGUAAAGAUCUUGGAAGUGAAAAGUCAGAAAAUACUACAUCUGAGAGUCCAAGCAACAAGUUAGUCGAAAAAGAAAAAGUACUGAUACCUGGUUCGAGCAAAGAAACAGUACCAAAUAUCGAUGAGACAGACAGCGUAUCAUUGAAAAAUGAAGCAAAUGGUGGAAACUCAAGUAAAGAAGAUGAUGAUGAUGACGAGUCUGGACAUGGAAUAGAUUUGCAAGUCGCUUGGGAAGUUCUUGAGCUUGCCAAGCUUGUUUUUCAUAAACGUGGACCAUCGGGUUCCAAAAAUCUUGCUGAAACGUACAGACUGUUGGGUGAAGUAGCAAUGGAAAGUGGCAAUCACGAAAUUGCAGUUGCUGAUCUUGAACAAGCUUUAAAAAUACUGAGCACUGUUGAGUCCUUUGAAGCAAGAGUCAUGGCAGAACUUCAUUAUCAAUUAGGUCUUGCGUAUUCAUUACUUAACGAUUUUGAUUUAAGUAUUGAGCAAUUUAAUAAAGCCACGAGUUUAUUAGAACUUAAAAUCAAAGAAUUGGAAAAUUUAGAAGAAUCGCCUGAAUCAGACGAUCCAUUUUACACAGUUGAAAACGAAAUCAAGGAGCUGAAAGAAUUAUUGCCAGCAAUUCAAGAAAAAAUCACAGACAUGAAUGAUUUCAAACAAGAGGCUUACAAACGUCUUAUUGAAAGAGUAAAAAACGACGUUACUAGUGGCUCCAUUAAUACUGCAAGUACGAGCUCCACAUCAAUAAAUACCUCAGAAAAUUCCAUUUCUGCUAACGAAAGCAAGCCUGCUCGUGAUAUCUCGCACCUCGUACGUAAGAAACGUAAAAGUGAUGAAGCAGUAUUGCAGGAUACAUCACCUGUAAAAAAAAAAUACUAACGUAACAUGGCAAGUUUCAAAAUAUUUAACAAUGUGUGUGAUUACGUCCGUAGGAUCUUCAAUAGUUACUUUUUUGUAUUUAAUCUGUUGAAAAUGAAUAUUUAAAUACAAUAAUUAUUUUUUUAUAAAGCAAUUAUACAUAAGAUACUAAACUUCACUUUUUUCAUCACUCAGUUAAAACUGUAAAUAUUGAGAAAAUCAAAAUAACCGUGAUUUAGAAAUAAUUGAAACAUUCGUCAUUUAUCAUUAUUAACAACAAUUAUUUUAUAUGUCGAGCUGUUUUAACUAUCUUAAAGAUAGUCAUUGAAGUUCCAAGAAGGAUAAUACUAUUACUUUCAACUACUUACUUUUCAAGAUUCAAAAUGUUAACAAUUAUAAAUUUAGAUAAACAAUUGAUUGCUCUUGUAUUUCGUAUGAUAAUAGAUAAGUAAAUAACCAUGAAGCCUU